UUGUUUCAUCCGCCAUUUUCCUUUAGUCGCCAUUGAGAGGUGAAAACUACGAUCAAUGUCGGUGAUAAUUUUAAGAUUUUGAGUGGUUUCUUUAAGAUUGAACCUGUUUUUAGUGUUGUGAAAUGAAAAUGAAGUGUCCUGGACUACCAUGACGCAUCAAACAAACGGUGCAAGUCUCGAGGAUUGCCACACAAACUUCUUCGCCUUGACGGAGCUGUAUGGCAUAAAAUGGCGUAAGCUCGUAUGGGGGGAGACGAGCGGCGGCGAUGGGUCCGACGAGGGCUCCGCACCGCUCGCCGACCCCGUCAUCAGCAGCUACGCUCGCUGCCUCGCCGGGGACAUCCUGUGCGUGUGGCGGCGGGUGCCGGCGCCCCAGCCCGCCGACAUCUACGAGAUGUCAGCGCCGGUGCCCCCGCCGCUAUCCCUCAGGGCCGCCAAGGAGCUGUGGAUCUUUUGGUACGGCGAGGAACCCGACUUGAACGGGCUCGUCGCACCGGAGCUCAUCGGCAGCCAAGGCGAACAGGGAUCGUGGGAAAGCGGACUGUCCUACGAGUGCCGUUCGUUACUCUUCAAGGCACUUCAUAAUCUCAUUGAAAGAUGUCUCCUAUCGAGGGACUUCGUGAGGCUAGGCAAGUGGUUUGUGCAGCCGUACGAUGGCGACGAAGAGGACGUCGGUAACAGCCCGUGGCACCUGUCAUUCUCUUUCGCGUUCUUCCUCCACGGAGAGAGCACGGUGUGCGCGUCAGUGGACGUCCGGCAACACCCACCCGUCCGGACUCUGCCCCGCCGCAACCACCACAACAACCACCAUCAGAAGGUGAUCCUAGCGCCAUUCGGUUUGGAGGGAACUCUGACCGGACGGUCGUGGAGCGACAGUGAUGCGUGCACGGCUCGACUGCUGGACUCCUGGAGGCAGCUGUACCCGCUGGAGCAGGGCUGCGGGGCCGUUGAGGUGUUGUGCGGCGGCGCCCGCAUGCGGUACCCGGUGCCGUACGCGCUGGUGACGUCGCUGCAGGCCCGGCCCGCCCCGCCCCCCGACACCGCGGCCCGCGCGCGCCGCACGCUCACCGCACUCACCUCGCCCACGCCGCAGCUGCACCACGCGGAGUCGUGCUACAGCGAAUGCGCUUCGGAGAAGUCGCCAGACUUCGUCGACCCCACCCGCAAAGUCGCAUGUUCCUGCAACAACAAGUGGCGGCGGCGGCGCGCGCGCCCCCGCCCCCCCGACCCCUUCCACCGCCGCGCCUCGCCGCUCCGCGCCCGCCGCCACAGGGACCACACAGCGACACGCGGCGCAGGCGCAUGCUCCCCGGGCAGCGGCGGCGGCUCCCCCGCGCCCCCCGCCUCCGCCCCCUCCUCCGCCGGCGCGCCCUCCGCCUCCCCCCACCACCAGCCGCCCGCGCAGCAGACUGUGAGCGGCGUACCGCCAUCGCUUCACACGCCGGCGCCUACCCCCGACCCCCUGGCGCCCCCCACCCCCGCACCACCUUCAGCGCCAGGAACCAAGCUCUUUGCACAGGGCGAUUCCCCACCGAGCGGGUCGGCGAACAACUCCAGCAGCCAGGCGGAGGCGCCGGCGCUGGAGCUGCUGAAGCGGCCGGCGCUGCCGCCGCCGGAGCCCCGCGCGGACCCGCUGGAGGACGAGCACUCGCUGCACAUGCUCUACGACUACACCACCGUCUACGCUUGGCUGGAGCAUCCGGUGAAGCGUUUCAAAAGCGAAGAGAACAGUUGGAGCGAAGAAUUAGCGUUGGGUUCCCGCGGAGGGGAUCUUUAUGCGGGACACGAACACACCACCAUGGCGACCCUGCUGCCGACAGCUGAUGUUGACAUCAAGCAGGAGAAGCAGGACCAUGAGGACGUAAAAGAGUACAAGAACCUAUUCACAUCGGACGGCCUCUGUCCAACCUUGAAGGACCUCGACCAAAUAUUCGACAACUCUGACGAUGCGGCCAGUGGCGAUGAGUCGGUAAGACUUCUGGCCGUGCAAACCCCUCCCGACUCGAACAAAUCAAUCGAGGAGUCCCGCUACAUGCGCGGCGGCUGCGUGCGCGCAGAGGAGCUGAGCAAGAUGUUCCCGACGCCGCCCAGCAUGGAGCCGCACACGCAGCCGUCCCCGGGGUUCUCUCUGCCGGAAGAAGCGACGCAGACCCAUUCGUUCACUCACUCUGGUCACGUGGUCACUCACUCCCACUCGCGACAUCUGCUCGCCGGCUCGCCUCCGCCGGAUCCUAUUGAGGAUUGGUCGUAUGUGUUCAAGCCGCCCACGAUAUACAAAUACGUGGGCUCCUCUAAAUACGCUCCGUUGACGUCGCUGCCGUCGCAGCAGCUGCCCCCCGUGCCGCUGCCCCCCGCCGCCGUGUACCGCCCCCGCUGGCAGCAGGACAAGCCGAGGGGGGAGGCGAACCGGCAAGCCGGCGUCAAACGAAGCGCGUCACCUCAAGCGGAAACGCGCGAAGCGACGCGCAACCGACGCGCGUGUUCCUCCACCCCCGCGGGGGGCGGGGCGGCGCCGGACGCCGCGCCAUCCGUCGCGCCCGCGCCUUCGCCCGCGCCGCGACUUCCCAUACAAGAACCCUCGUCUCCCAGGCCAACUCACGCGGCCUGUCCGUUGCUGCUUAACGUGCUCCUAGCUGAUACGGUCUUGAAUGUCUUUCGAGACCACAACUUCGAUAGCUGCACGCUAUGUGUCUGCAACGCUGGACCUAGAAACGUGGGCAACAUUCGUGGUGCGGACGCUGCCACAUACCUGCCCAGCCCCUCCGACCCCAGAGCCGGCGAGGACGAUGUCGGCCGGUGCAGCUGCGGGUUCAGCGCCAUCGUCAACCGGCGGCUGUCUCACAGAGCCGGUCUCUUCUAUGAGGACGAGAUGGAGAUCACGGGCCUCGCGGAGGAGCCGACGUCGCACAACGACAACUGGUUCCUGGACGUGGCAGAGAUGGUGGGCGCCGCGUGCGUGGGCGGCGCGGCCGGAGCCACGUCCGCGCUCGCGCGCGCCGCCUCCUCCUCCUCCUCCUCCUCCUCCGCCUCGUCCGCCGCGCCCGGACCAGACCACCUCGCGCUCAACGUGCUCGAAUAUUCAGACGGGGGCGCGGCGGCGACGCGGGCGCUGCGGGCGGCAGGCGGCGCGACGGCGGGCGCGGGCGCGGUGCACCGCUGGCCCUUCAUCGGGGCGCGGGCGCCGCGCUCUACGCGCGAUGUCGUCAGACUGAUGCGUCGACUGCGGCCCCUGCUGCAAGACGCGAUCCAGAAGCGGUGCUGCGGCGCCCGCAUGUGGGACGGCGUUACGGGCCCGCUGACCUGGCGCCAGUUCCACCGGCUGGCCGGCCGCGGGAACGAGGACCUCUGCGAGCCGCAGCCGGUGCCGCCGCUGCUGGUCGGCCACGACCGGGACUGGCUCUCGCUGUCGCCGUACGCCUUGAGACAUUGGGAGAGGCUAUCACUAGAACCGUAUUCGUACGCUCGUGACGUCGCCUACGUAGUCCUGGCGGCGGAGGGCGACGUCCUAACAGAACCUUUACGGAUCUUCUUCAGGGAACUGUCUACUGCUUACGAGUCGUGUCGGCUCGGGAGACAUCAGCCGGUCCACCGGAUAGCCCGGGAGGGCAUAGUCCGGGCGUCGCCGUCGGAGCGUGAGCGCGAGACGGAGCACCCGGACCCGGAGUGGUACUCUGAGCUGCCGAGCGGCCGCCUGGGCGAGUACGUGCGCGCGUACGGUGACGCGCUGCGCACGAGCGUGCUGCCGGCGCUGGCCGCGCUCACGCUGGACAAGACGCUGCUGGAGCCCGAGCGGCCGGCGCCCGAGCCCAUGCGGCCGCCGACCACGCCCGACCACCCCGCCACGCCCACUACUCAAGGCGAGCCCGAGGAGUCGGGGUUCACUGGCGGCGCGGGCGGAGGCGCGGGCUUGGGCGGCGGCGGAGGCGGGGGCGGCGGGGGCGGAGGCGGCGAGGCGGAGGAGAGCGGCGCGCCCGGGCUGGUGCUGUACGUGGUGGAGCCGCCGUGCGCGCCGGCGCUGCGCGCGCGCGCGCUGCGGGCGCUGCUGCGGCUCGCGCGCCGCGCGCAGGCCGCGCUGCCGCUACACAACCCGCACAUACAGAUAAUAUCACUGGAAGGCGUAUACGAGACGUGGGGCAUGGGCGGCUGCGUGUCGGAGCUGCGCGCGCUGGCGUUCAGCGUGUUCACGGGCGCGCGGCGGCUGCUGCAGCACCAGACCAAUGGCAAGUCGCUCACCGGCUUCGGCACUGCUGCGAGGGCCACCAACAACAAGGACGAGAAGAACAUGGUGCCGUACAAGCUGUUCUCGCCGCUGUGGGUGCUGGGCCCGGCGCGCGCAGUGCGCGACGCGGACAGCUGGGGACAGAGCUACGGCUGCGGCGGCGCCGUGCUGUUCGUGUCGUACUGUCUGUCGCACGACCAGCGCUGGCUGCUGGCGGCCGCCAGCGACGCGCGCGGCGAGCUGCUGGACACCGCCGCCAUCAACAUCGACGUGCCGCACAGAUCCCGACGGAGGAGAUCAGGUCCGGCGCGGCGGCUGGGCCUGAAGAAGCUGAUGGACUUCACGCUCGGGGUCAUGAGCCAGGCGGCCGUGCCCUGGAGGCUGGUGGUGGGCCGCGUGGGCCGCAUUGGCCACGGGGAGCUCAAAGGUUGGAGCUGGCUCCUCUCCCGCAAGAACCUGUACCGGUCGUCGACGAUGCUCCGCGAGAUGUGCAGCAGCUGCUCCGCGCUGUAUCCGGCCGGAGCGCCCGUCAUCCUGUCCGCGUGUCUGGUCUCCACGGAGCCCGACAGCUGUCUGCGGCUCAUGGCUGACAGGUUCACUCCUGACGAGAGGUUCUCGCAAGCGUCCAUACAAUCGCAUCUACACACGCCUCGAGACGUCACCGCCACGCAUAUCCUGGUGUUCCCUACAUCAGCUACCACACAGUCGAACCAACCGUUCGACCCGCCGAUGGCGAACGGCGAGGGCGACGACAUGAUCUUCAACGUGGACAUGAUGGGCGAGGAGGAGAUGGGGGAGGACAACAUCUCGGACCUGUUCAUCGGCGACGUGUUCUCGCACAUGUGGCCGCAGAACAGCCCGCGCGCGUCCCCUAGACGCAAUGAUGACGACCCCGCCAGCCACAACCACGCCGCCGCCUUCCAUCUCCAGGACGACAUGGCGGCCGAGCAGGUGGGCACGGUGCUGCAGCAGCCGCUGGCGCUGGGCUACCUGGUGUCGACGGCGCCGCUGGCGCGCAUGCCCGCGUGGUGGUGGGCGGGCUGCGGCCACCUGCGCGACGUGUGUCCCGCCUUCCUCAAGAACGCGCUGCAUCUGCACACCGGCAACGUGCAGUGCGCCGACGACUACACCUCGCUCAUGCAGCGCCGCGACCACAACGCGCAUCCGCUCGACUCGCAGACCACCACCGAUGUGCUCAGAUACGUGCUGGAGGGCUACAACGCGCUGUCGUGGCUGUCGCUGGACAGCAGCACGCACGACCGCGCGUCGUGUCUGCCGCUGCACGUGCAGGUGCUCAUGCAGCUCUACCACACGGCCGCCGCGCUCGCCUAGCUGGUUCACAGGUUCACAGGACACAUCAUCCUGAUCGAAAAUUCCUAAGACGUCAAAACUGCACAACGUUAAUAUUCAAGUUUUCACUUCUGCCGGCAAGUUUUUUUUCUGCGAUUUAAAAUGCAUGUCAUUUUGGGUAUAUACUUGACGAGUGGAUCUCGUGAUCUAUUGAUUUUUUUUUUUAAUUUUGCAAUUUAUAAUGACAUGAAAGAAGCAUAAGAAUUUGAUGAAUAGGCGUUUCGAAAUUUCCAACUCUGAUUUUGAAAAUUUAAAUGACAAAACCGGUAUAAUAAUUUCAUUAAUGGGAAUUUCGACAUUUCAUACCACAAUUUUGCAAUUUUAAACAACAAAAAACCCAAUAACAAGCCUGUUAUCUAAUUAUUAACAUUCUGCGAAUUGUUCAUGUUGUACACAUGUAAAAUCAAUAUUUUAUUACAAAACGCUGUUGAAUACUAAUGUCUCUUUUUCAACUUAAUUGGAACCACGUGAGAUCCACACGACAAGUGAAAUAUUGUUAAGUUACUACACGAUACGAAUUAAUUAAAUCAAGGAAUUUUAUACAACAUUAUUAUUUAUUUAUUUAUUGACUGUGAUUUAUUUAUUUUGUCUUAAUUUAUUCCAACAUAAAUUCCAUCAAGAACAGCGUGUAAAUAAAAUGUUAAAUAUAUUUUUAGUUCCAUUUUUAUUCUUUGCUGCUUGUUGUGUUAAGUUCAAGUGAUUAGUGAAGUCGUUUCGUGUAAAUAACAAUCGACGCUCUGCGAACAUAAGAGCUGUUUCCAAAGAUGAUGCGUCAUGUGGCGACGUUGGACUGUUCUGCAUCGACGGCAUGUUCAUAUCUUCGUCCUUUUCUGUCAUACUAGCUUACAAUACGAAAGAGAGGGACAGAAUGCGUCGUGGUGUGGUUUAGUUCGUUAGCGGCCGCGUUCGGUGCUAUAUAAAAUGUUUUUCACCCUGUCGUUCAUAAAAUUUUUGAACCCGUUUUAGUUAAAACCUGUUUCGUCCCUAUCUCACAUUAAAAUAUUUGACUUUGAAAGAUCGAGACGUAUUUAAACUAAAAUAGAUUUUAUAUUUUCUAUGUUCAUACUUUUGCAAAUAAAUUAUCUAUGAAUAAUAUGGGUAAAUAGCAACAAACGCGAGCCGAAGCAAAUGUUACCACGCACAAACUACUAAAGAUAUCAAAAAUUGUUAUAUAAAAUCUUUUAUACAUAACUAGAUAAGCCGGGAAUGUAGAUCGUUAAUUCGAUAACACGGAGGUCCAAUUUGGCAUAUGAAUGAUUUUCUAAAGUUUAUACUGUGAGAUUAUCUUCUAGGUCGUUGUCAGUUGAGACAGAAGUACCGUUAAAACUGGCUUAGUAGUAUUAUUAUGACAUGAACAUCUGUGAAGGAACAAAUGAAAUUUUGACUUAAAAUGUUUGGUGUCAACUGGAAACGAACCUCACCUUAUAACCCCCGCCCCCGGAGGGCCAGCUUCCACUGUACCUACUCUCUUCCUGAUCUCUCACUCCACAUUGUACCAUGAACCUCAUUUUGCGUAGCUUAUCGUCAAUUUUACCAUAGCUGAAUCAUUUUUAAUAUAAGAGAAGAUAUUGUAAUGUAUUUCUAAUAUAUAAAAACACAUUGGACGACCUCUCUCAGUGAAUGGUCUCUGUAAUGUUACAUGUGUUAUUAAUUAAUAUAGGUCCUUUUGAUUAGACAUUGUAAAUGAAAAAAAAAAACUAAUUUAAUCGGAAAUUACAGACAAAAUGUAUUAUUUUUUUAUGAAGUAGAUGUACUCGAAUAUUGAGCCAAUUCUUUGUGAAUAAAUUGUCUGUUUUUAAUUAAAAAUUAACUUACUGUUGAUUGCCAAAUGUAUUGCCAUUUAUUGAAAUUUUCAUUGCCACUAUCAUAAUUUGAUUCUUAAAGUAAAAAUUUAAAAGGGCCUUAUGUAAUAAAAUACACAUUUUUUUUUACUAACUUAAACACACGUCGAAAUGCCUGACAAAUGAAUGACAAAAGAAAUGUUGAAUGGGACGUCACAUGUUAUGUAUUGCAGUAAUAUUAUCUGUUGUGCUCUAUGUAUGAAAUAUUUUAUUUUUUACGUUAUGUUAAACCGGUAAGAAUUACCAAAGGAGCUAGAUAUGUGUAAAGAUAGAUACCGUAAAUUGUAUCGCUGAAACCCAAUGGACGGUGAAGAAUGAGUAAAUUAAUAUUUUAACUGAUCUGAAAUAUGACCAUCAAAUUUCGAUCAUUUGCUCAUUUCUACGCGCGUUCGGUCUCGGCGUAAUUCAAAUGUAUUAUUUUUGUAAUAUUUUUUUACGUUGGAGUAAAUUUAAAUUAUUUUCAAUCAUUCUAUUAGUUUUCGGCUCGUUAUGUAUAAGCGCGAUAGUAUUUACGAUUUAGACACAAUUAUAUUAGGCGAAUUGACCAUUGUAUUACAACUUGGGUAGUUUUUACUCAUGUACAGUUUUAUACGAGGGAACAAUCAGCUCAAUCGUUACUGCCCGCGCUGGCGCGAUUGCACUUGCAUACUAUACAGGUGGUUACAAAAAAAUACUGAAAAAAUAUGCUUAAAUUAAGCUCUUGCCUAUCCUAUAUCUUAUUUUAUAAGAUAAUGUUGUCUUUUCGUAACGUCCUGUAUAAAAACACUGUCAAAUUUUAAAGUUAACGCAAUUCGCGCGGCGUGGUGAUUGCAUUCUAAAGUAAUAUAUAUAUAUAUAUAUAUACAGAAGUUGCUAGAAAUAAUGUCUUCUUAUGAUGAAUAAACCUCCGAUUGGAAACUAAUUAGUAACACCAAUAGUUUACGAUUAGUUAAAUAGUUAUAAAGAGAGACCUAGAACAUGUUCGAAAGUAGCAUUUUUAUAAUUAGACAUUGUCGUUUUAUAACAAUAUAAAUGGAGCCGCGGAAGCAACGCAUGUUGGUUCGUUGAAUCUCCGACAUUUUAGUAGUUAUGUGAAAUUUUCUAUUUUAAUAUAUUUAAAUCGUAAGCAUUAGGCGUGCUGUGAGAUGUUAUGUAAAUGCGUCUGCGCUCGCUGCGGACCGAGUUUUAACGUCAUUUAAUUUUACUCGCGAUUCUUUUUUAAAAACACAUUUUUACGCAUUGACUGAGUUGUAUCAGACGGAUCCGAUUUAUUGAACAAAUGAUGUGAAAUCGAAAUUUGUUAUUAUUUUGUUGUUUAUGUAUAAUUUGAGCGGCCAGCGGUGGCUGACGUAGGCAAUUUGUAAAGUGUUGGCCCGGUCGUCGCCGCUUCACUGAAUUAUGCCUAGUUGAAUAUGAAAUGUUUUAAAUGUGUUACAACAUUUGAGAAUAUUUAAAGAUGUUGUAUAUAGUUUAUAUUUUGUUUUGUAAACGACAUUUGUACAUAGUCGCGGUAGUUCCCGGUAGCGUUCGGUCUGCCCUCGCCUGAGCACGUUUUAAAGAAACCACUCGUAAUAUUUGUACAGUUGUUAAGCGAGAUUCGUAUUAUAGUUGAAUGAAUUAUUUUUAGGAUUUCGUUUUUGACCUCUUUUUGUUAUUGUGAAUUGUCAAUUUUUUUAGGGAAUUGGGAUCGUACUGUACAUAGACCUCACCAUUUUGUGAAAUAUUAGUCGUAAGCCGUCAAAUCUGAUGAUUGGUGUGGAAAUCAAAUUUUCUAAGCAGAGCAAUCAUUAGAUAUCGUAAAACAAAAUUAGAGUAAUACUUGAUAUUAAUAUAACUUUAUAAAUAACUGUGAAAAUAGGUAAUAAUAAUUAUGAAUAAAAUAUUACAUAUUUAAAAA